AUGCAGGCCAACGACGACUUGUCAGCCCUCUUCUCCCGCAACCUGACCUUUAACCCUGAACUACAGCCCCGGGUUCAGGCCCAGGCUCAAGCCCAGUCCAUGGUCCCCAAGUCUAUGGUCGAUGAGCCCCAGCAAGCUACGCAGGACCGCACCAUCGAGACCUCCAAGUCGACCCCUGAGCCCAUCGUUUACUCCAUCUCUCAGCACUACAUCCACUCGUAUCACGUUCCCCAAGAACCAGCCGAGCCUCAGCAACAGCCGGUGCAAGUCCAAGAGCCACAGCGGCGCUCUUCUGAGCCACCUCAGUCCGAUCAGCUCACCCCCGAGGUUGUCCUGGCCCAGCAUGGUGUGAACCCUGCAGUUCUAUCCCCCUCUCAGAUCCAACUGUUCCGCAUCUCCGAGAUGCCCCAGAAGGAACGUCUGGUCGAGCUCUGGCGCGUUGCCCCGCCCACUAGCAACGACGACAACCCCGCUCUCGCUUGGACGAGCACCACGGUCGAGCAGGAAGAGCUCUGGGCUCGACUCCGCUACGAACGCAUGAUCGAGGCCGAGAGGCAGACAGCUGUCAUGAGCCUCGACGGCACGGCGGUCCAGUCCCAGAGCUCCGACGGCCGCUGGCUGGCCACCAACAUCAGCCAGAACGUUGAGCCGUACAUGAUGUCGGGCUACGAGGAGCUCAUGAGACGAGAGAAUGAGCGUCAAGCUCCGAAGCCCAAGGAUGUCUACUCGCCCUACGGCUCGUCGGUCGGUGGUUACAGUCAGGCCACCGAUCCCGUUUACAAGAGCACGGGCCAGGACUGGUCGCGGCUGCAGCAGGAGCAACAACUGCAGAUGCAAAUGGAGAACCAGUACGGCUCGUACCAGCAGCAGCAGUUUGGCGGGCCGGUCGGUAACGUCGAGGCCAUGGACGUCAUGUGA